CCCAUURGGCUCCACUAUACACGAAAUUGGACACGCGGUUGGRUUCUUUCACGAACAGUCGCGUCCUGACCGAGACGAGUAUAUUAAAAUUCUAUGGGAUAACAUGCUAGAAAAUAAAUGGGUCAGGGACCAAUUCGAAAAGGCCAAUGAGAAAUGGGUGGACAGUCGGGGCUUUAAAUACGAUUACGACAGUAUUAUGCAUUACUCAAAAUGGCAAGGCGCUAAAAACAAAAAAUCACCAGUGAUGGAAAGCAAAAAAAAGGAAGGCAAAAACUUUGGUGAAAAUAGGAAAGGAUUGAGCGCUGGUGACAUUAAGCAAAUAGGAAAGAUGUACAAGUGCAACGCUAAUGAUGAAAGCGAGCUACCGGACUAUGUCCCAAAACCAGGCGAGGACGAAGUGGGAGAAGAUAAAACAGAUGGACCAAAACCUGGAGACGUCGAAGAAUAGCGAUCACAUCAGUUCAUUAAAAUUCAUUGAAAGGAAAUAAAGAAUCUUCGGACGAAAAUAUAUUUGUAAUGCAUUUAAUAUGCCAUUAAAAAGAC